AUGGACUACUUCAUGAACUUGAUGGCUGCGACCGUCAGUGCCCUGAUCUCCAGCCGCACCGACAAUAGUCCCAUCAACAAGCCGACGAUCAUACAAGACUCACCAUUACUGAACCUACCACGAGAACUGCGAGAUCACAUCCUCUCCUACCUCCUCGUCGAACCACCAGGAGUCAUGCUCGUCUACAACUCUAAAUCGACACAUGGCUACGACAGAGCCACGAGGGUCUCCUUCACCUACGGCCUAGGACGGAUGGGCAGAAGAUUUGGACCACCUCCAGGCAUCGAAGUCUUCGGUGUUACGGAUUGCUAUCAACACCUCAUGAAGAUGGUGCAGCUUUGCAGACAGACCAAUGACGAAGCGCAAGAGAUGUUCUUUCGUCGAAAUCGCUUCAUCUUCUACACGCCGUACGGCGUUCCUUCUGUAUUGAAGAUGCAUGCGCGGUGGCUUUCGAAAGUCAGUUUCUGGUGUCGGCCGAGCGUGGGUGAGGCCAAGUUGAUCUGGAUGCAUGUCGUCGUGGAGAGGACGGACAACCGGCCGUUUUGGAAGGUGACGUGGAAGCUUUUCCGGUACGAAGAUGAGGAGGAGGAUGAGAAGCUCAACCGGAAGCUGCUCGUCUGGACUCAGAACUGCGAGGAGCUGAUAUUGAUGUGGCUUCGGGUGCGUAAGGAAGUGAUAGAUCUGGAGGCCAUUGUUGACACCGUGAGCGAGCCGCCGAUGUGCAGGCGAAUGGACGUCUCGAUUUUUCCGGAAUCGAAGCCUCGCCGAUGA